CAACAGAUCAAUAAACGAAACGUGAACGGUGACACACCUCUACUUCUGGCUUGUCACAGGGGUAACACAGAAGUCAUUCAACAACUUCUCUUGUAUAAACCCGAUGUUAAUCUGGAGAAUAAACAUAAUAACACGCCGCUACACUGGGCCUGCAGUUGGGGAUUCAAAGACAUUGUUGAACAACUCUUGCUGUUUGAUGCCGACGUCAAUAGGAAAGAUAUAUAUCACUACACACCUCUACACUGGGCCUGUGAUAGUGGACAUCUUGAAGUUGUUCAACAGCUCCUAUGGUGGAGCAAGAGCUGUUCAGAAUCUUCAUUAACUAAAGCUGAUGUCAAUGCUGUGGAUUCAGACGAUGUUACAGCUCUACAUGUGGCCUGUGGACUUGGAUACGAAAAUAUUAUUAAAGAACUUCAAAUACCUGAACUUAAAGUCAAUGCGAAAGAUAAAAAGUAUGAAAACACACCUUUACACUGGGCCUGUCGCAGUGGACAUAAACAAGCUGUUCAACAACUUCUGAAUUCUAAACCUGAUGUUAAUCUAACGAAUGCAGAGGGCAACACACCUCUACAUCUGGCAGUUCUAAAUCAACGUUACGAUGUCGUGGCCUUCCUUCUUUCCCAGCCUGAUGUGGAAGUGAAUACCAAGAACAUAAAAGAAACGACACCAUUGUUUGAUGCUGUUUCCCUUAGUCACUUUGGAAUACUU